UUGCAUAGAGAUUCAUAGAGAUAUAUUUUUAUUUUUUUUUUGCUGGGUGAUUAUCACUGAAGGGGACCAUGGUUAUGUUGAAGAUCUCUGCUUUCCUCGUUGCCUACGCCCUGGUCAUUUGCCAGAUGUACUGCUCACAAGCCGCCCCUGCCAGACCGGGUUUAGAGUCCAUGUCAGACCGAGUCACGCUCACUGACUACGAGGCGCGAAGGUUACUCAACGCCAUUGUCAAGGAGUUUGUGCAGAUGACGGCGGAGGAGCUGGAGCAGCAGGCAACUGAGGGAAACAGCGUUACAGCACAGAAGCGAGCCUGCAACACGGCAACCUGCGUGACUCACCGCCUGGCGGACUUCCUCAGCCGGUCGGGGGGAAUGGGCAACAGCAACUUUGUCCCCACCAACGUCGGCGCCAAGGCCUUCGGCAGGCGGAGGAGAAGCAUCCAGAUGUGAGCGCUCCAAAACCUUCAGGGAAACGAGGUUGAAACCUGACGAGAAAACAUCAGAAAAAAACCUGAGAACAAAAA